AGACAGACAGAGAGGUCCAUUUUGACCAAUUCGUUGUGAGGUGUUUGUGAAGUGCUCGUCCUCCGGUGGCCGGUGGAGGCUCUGGGCAGAACAAAAAGGAGAAGGGGUGUGUUAGAAUCUCCAACAGCCUUUUUUCAGGACUCCCAGCGACGACCAGCCAGCCAGUGUCUGGUGAGCGCGCGUGUGCGCGCGCGCGUCCCUGCGCGCGUGUCUGUCUGCGCGCACGUGUGUGAGUGUGCGUGUGGACCAGCCAGCCAACACACACACACACACACACACUUAACAUUCGUUCGCAACAUGGCGUUGGAGCGCCGAGAGACACGACGGCUCUCCCCCGACUAACGCAGCCGUGUUGUUGCGGGACGCCCGGGGAGUGUGAACCCACACGGAGAGAGAGAGAGACUCCUUUACGCACCGGAGGCGGAGACAAUAGCGGAUUCCAACAUAUGCAUGUCGCUAUAACGGUAUAGCCGGCUGGUACAGACGCACGCUGCUGCCCCACUGGUUGGAAUCAGAGGCUGUACAUGGCGGUGGAGAGCACAGUUUGGCUGUUCUGUCUUCUUUCGCUCUUCUGUGGACCAUCCAAGCAAGAAAAGCCUGUUUCGGUGGAGCUGAGCUGCGGGGCUGGGCCCAGCCAUGUAGUGUUGGAACCUGGUUUGCCCCUCUUGCUGGACUGCAAUCUGGGGGCCAGCGAUGCACCUUUCAAUGUCACCUGGCUUCAGGAUGGCAUGACCCUGCCGCUGGACGGGGAUUACCUGCAGUAUUUGGGAAAUGGAUCUCUCCUCCUGCUGCCGACCUCCAAGGAUGGCCAGCCUGCCCAGGGGUUGGAGGGGGGCUUCAGCUGCAUUAGUGCCAGCGCCCUUGGAGCCCUCACCAGCCGGACUGUAAAUGUCCUCUUGGCAAGUCUGUCUAAGUUCCACCAGGAGCCAUCACACCAGACAGUGCCUGCUGGAGGAGCUGCCCGCUUCGAGUGCCAGAUAGAGGGAGUACCCACACCUGUCAUUACCUGGGAAAAGAACAAAGUGGCGGUCCCUGAGGAGACAAGCAGGUUCAUUUCCCUUCCUAACGGGGUGCUCCAGAUCCUCGAGGUGACCAAAGAGGAUGAGGGGGCCUACCGCUGCGUCGCGUCUAACUCUGCCCGAAAGGACAUCAGUCAUGAAGCAAGGCUUACUGUCCCCGCAGGCUCAGCUGAAGCCCUGAAUAGAGUUGUGAUAGUUGCACCACCUCAGAAUGCCACGGUGGUGCUCGGCCGCCCCGCUGUGAUGGAGUGUAUGGCACAAGGCCAGCCUAAACCGCUGGUGUCCUGGAGCAGACAAGAUGGAAAGCCCAUUUCCACUGAUGUGGCCGUCCUCGCAACAAACCUGGUGAUUAGGGACACCAGGCGUCACCACGCCGGCGUCUACGUCUGCAGGGCCAACAAGCCCAAGACCAGAGAGUUUGUCAUUGCUGCUGCUGAGCUGCAUGUGCCCGCCCCUCCAGUGAUUCUGCAGCCCCCAGAGACAGUGUCCCUGUCCCGGGGAAACACAGCCAGGUUUGUGUGCAACAGCUCCGGGGAGCCUCCCCCCGUGUUGCACUGGCUGAAGAACGGCAAAGCCAUCAGGCCAUUCAGACGGGUGAAGACCCAGAGCCCCGGGGUCCUGCUCAUCAACCAGCUGGCUCUGGAGGAUGCGGGCUACUACCAGUGCAUAGCAGACAACGGGCUGGGCACGGCCUGUGCCACAGCCAAGCUGACAGUCAUCGUGAGGGAAGGUCUGCCCAGCCCUCCGCGUCAUCUGUCUGCCACUCCCUACUCCAGCACAUCCGCCCUGCUCACCUGGGAGAAACCCGAGUACAACUCGGACCAAAUCAUCGGCUACUCUCUGCACUGCCAGCGCGCUGCGGGCUCAGACAAUGUGGAGUACCAGUUUGCGAUGAACAACGACACCACAGAGUAUCACGUCAAAGAGCUCCACCCCCAUACUGCUUACGCGUUCUUUGUGGUGGCGUAUUCUCCCAUGGGUGCCAGUCGCCCAUCGCUGCCUGUUACUGUAGAGAUGCUGGAGGAUGUGCCGAGUGCUCCUCCUCAGCUGUCUAUAGCCAGCACCUCCCCGACAGACAUCAGGCUGAUGUGGCAUCCACUGUCCUCGCAGCACAGUCGAGGAGCUGUUACCCGCUACCGCAUUGAGUACAGCUCUCUGGAUCAGGUGGACACUGUAUUCUCAGUGGAGGUGGGGGGUAAUGAGACUCAGUUUACACUGAGAGAGCUGCAGCCUAACCAGGCCUACCAACUGAGGAUUGCAGCUGGAACAGGCAUUGGCUUUGGGGUCCCAUCAGAGUGGGCCCAGCACCAAACAUUGGCUCACUACAACCACAGUGACCACAGCAUGGUGAUCUUUGCCCCCACUGAGCUGAAAGUCAGAGCCAGAGUGAACACUCUCAAUGUGACAUGGCAUGCGUCACCCAAUCACACACUGGUGUCCGGCUACAAGCUGUCCUGCCGAGAGGUAGAGGCGGAGGAGUCAGCCAAUGGAGAAAGCGCUUCACAAACCCAAACCAUCAGGCUCCGAAAGAAGGCAAGGUAUCAUCUGCUCACUGGACUGGGCCCUGACCGGCAGUACGAGGUGAGGGUUUGGGCCUUCAACAAGCAGACAGAUGGAGCAGCUGCAGUGUGGAAGGGACGGACAGACAAGGCUCAUGACAGAACAUCGCCGCCGCCGAUGCGGCCCCCUCCAUUGCCCCCUAGCAGCAUCCAAGCCAAAGCCAACAGUUCCACGUCCAUCUGGCUGCGCUGGGAGAAACCGCGGUUCAGCAACGUACGCAUCAUCAACUACACAGUGCGCUGCAGCCCAGCGGGAACCACCAACGCUUCUCUAGUCUCCUAUCACACCAGUCCUGCUCAGGAGAUACUGCUCGGGGCACUGAGGCCCUUCACCCGCUAUGAGCUGGCGGUGCAGUCUAAUGGAGUGGACGUGGUUGGACCCUUCAGCGGCACUGUAGAGGAGUCCACUCUGUCUGACCGGCCCUCCACACCUCCCGAGGAGCUGCAGCUGAGUGCUCUGGACUCCUCCUCUGUGCUGGUGAGCUGGCGCCCUCCACUGGAGCCAAACGGUAUCAUCAUCAGCUACGUGCUCUUGUACAGUGGCAACCUCAGCCAGCCCGAGCACUUAUGGAUGAAUCUCUCUCAGGAGGGGCGCUUUACCAGCAUGGAGGUCCAGGGUUUGUCCAGUGGCACCCAUUACUUCUUUAAGUUGGGAGCGUCUACUGCGGUGGGGUCAGGCCCUUAUUCACCUGUAAAGGAUGUUCACACUCCCCUUCAGAAAUAUGAGCUGGACAUCCACGCAGUGACAGGCAUCAUAGUGGGUGUAUGUCUGGGACUGAUAUGCAUCCUCCUCUGCAUGUGUUUCAGCUUUCGUAAUGGCAAGUCCCGGGAGAUAUCUGGGGGGCUGGACUCCACAGCUGUGAACCCCCAGUACAGGAGAGGAGGUUGCCCCAUACCCUCCGACUUGCCAGAGUGCGGCGAUAGCCACGAGCUGGAGACACUGAUGCCCCCGGGCAGCCAAGAGUCUGGUCAGCCGCUAGCAGAGUCCCCAGAGGAGCAGAGCCUGAUGGCAAGUGCUAAUCCAGUGGAAGGGGGGGAUGCCCCUGCACCUGAGCCCAAGGCUGCUUGGAACGGCUCUGUGAGUCAUAAUUGGGCCAACAGAAUCACUAGAUACAGAGACACCAUAACAGAAGACUGCCCAACACUCAUUAAUGGAGCUCUCAACAUGCUAAUUACUGAUAACGGCACGGGCUUAGAAGAUCAUCUGUGUACACCUCUGUGCAGCAACCAGGUCGAGGCAGAAGUCAUCGUUCACUCAGAGCUGACAGAUCCCGGGAGGGAGAAGGAGGAGGGGGGCGGCGAGAGGGAGAAGGAUUCUAUCACCACCAGGGGACCCUCAUUAUCAAAGGACAGAUAUUUCCCUUUGAACCAGCCAAGCCUGGCGGGAGACGAGAAACCUCUAGAAAAACUAUCACUGGCCCAAAGACCCUCAAGUUUUCCCUCAAUCACGUUGGUGGAUAAUCACAACGGGGGGCUCGAGGGCACGGGAGACCAGACGAUUUCAAACAUCGGACCACAGCAGGACAAGGGGCUAACCAAUGGGUUCCACUCCCCUAAGACGGUGAGGUCUGUGCUGAGGUCAGAGCAUCUGGAGAACGGAGACUCCAGACACUGCCCUUCUGCACCGGGGAAGGCCAUUUCUGUCGGGCUGUCCCCUGCACCCUUUGUCAGCUCCGGCCUUGUACACUCUACCUCAGCAGCACACAGUUAUCUAUGCCCGUAGCGCUUGCAAAGACGGCAUUGGCCCCUUACACAAACAUAGAGACAUCAGACUGAUCUUCUUUUAAAAGUACAAAUGUACCCAGCAAGAUUCUCUAAGGAUUAUUUUUAUGCACCCCAUUGUUGGAUCUCUUUCUCUUUCUUGCAAAAGUUUUUGAAUCCAUCGUUUCAUACGUGUGUAUACAGUCUACGUAUACAGUAUAUUUUUAGUGGUAGAAAACUGUAUAUAUGGUUUCUCUGGCAUUGCAACCAUACUGUCCUCUGGGUUUCUUUUCUGUCCAUAGGAGAGAAAAGACAGAUUUAACUUAAUCAACCCCGGUGGAUUGAACGAGGCUAUUCCCACUGUGUCACACAUGGCUCUGUUCCACUCAGGAAUGAGACAAAAAGCCUAGGACGUUCCCUGAGUGAGUGAGUGAGCACUUGGACAGGCUAUAAUCAUGGAUGGGAGGAUCAGAAGCAGAGGCUCGGGGGGUCUCCCCGGGCUUCGUCAUUGUGGAUGCUGCUUCACUGUGGCAGUGAGGAAUAAGCCUUAAAGAGCAUCUGCACACUGAGAGUACUGAACACCUGUGUCUCUCUCCAGCCUCCUGCUGUCUCAGGGUCCACACACACACACACACACACACACACACACCGAAAGACACAUUGAAAUACACACACAAAGCAAAAAGCAUUCACGCUAUCUCACAGAAACUUGCAUGAACACGCAUUUACACAUUUCCUGACUGGAGUGUGGGGGGUCUCAGGUGCCUAAAUAUUCUAGGUGCGUUUAUAGUCUCUGUAUAUUUCUAUAGAUUAUUGUAUGCAGAACAAGUUCAAAAACAAGUCAACAGUAAGAAAAACAAAACAAAAAACUAAAUAUAAAAGGAUAUUGAGCAUCCAGAUUUGGUACACCCGAAGUAUUCCUUGCCAAAUUUUGUAAACCAGGGAUGGUCAGUUCAACAGUGAAGAGUUUUUUGUUUGUUUUUCUGUUUUAAAGAUGGUGUAUAUCUCAAUUCAAAAUCAAAAUAUUUACAUGUCCAUGUUGAUGGUUGGUUUAAUUACGGUGGUGGGAGAACUAGAGGGGAUCAAACGACCGCUCUGCAGACCACUCUUCUGGUUUGGCUCCCAGUUAGGGAUGCACCAAUGCCCAUGCUGUGUUCAAGAUACUGUACCGAUAAUUGGAGCCAAAUCAUAAUUUUCAGCUCAGUAUAAUAAUUGAAUGUGUAAUGCCUUCUUUUGUUUUGUCUCAAAGGAAAUUCAACUUGAUUCUACAGGCCUGAUACAGCUGAUGGGAAAAUUUCUGACCGGAUGCAAAAGAUAAAAAAUAAUAGAAAAAAGAAAAAUAUAAUAUAUAUAUAUAUAU